AAUUGCAGAACCAGAACCAGAACCAGAACCAGAACCAGAACCAGAACCAGAACCAGAACCAGAACCAGAACCAGAACCAGAGCUUUCACUGCAGCUGUGCUUCAAGAAUCUUUAUUGGCUUGGAAACUAAGAAGAUGGAAACAUAUUUGAAAUGGGUGGUUCUGCUGUCUCUCUGCAUCCUCUUCUUUGGUCAAGAAUGUAGUACACAGCUUUUGGAGAAUGUGGACUUCCCCGGAUCCAACAUCAAAUUUGUCUACUCUCCUGAUGCUGAACACUGUCAGCAGCUUUGCACCCAGCACCCCUCCUGUGUUUUCUUUAGCUUUGUCCGAGCUGACUGGACCGAAGAUAAAAGGCACUUCUACUGCUACCUCAAGACCACUCCCUCUGGACAGCCCAAUGUCCAGACUCUACUACAGGGUGUCACCUCAGGAUUUUCUCUCAAACCCUGCACCACAGAACUAGAGCCUUGUCUGCCUAAGGUGUACAACAACUUGGAUUUCGCUGGGGCAGACUACCGGUCUUUGUUCACAGCAGACCAUGAGGAGUGCCAGAGAGCCUGCACUCAGGACCCUGGCUGUCAGUUCUUUACAUAUUUAAACGAGUUCUUCACAACAGAGACGCUCAGGUACAAGUGCCACCUUAAAUUCAGCUGGUCAAUACCUGUGACUCCCAUUGUCGAAAAACAGACUGGUGUAGUAUCUGGAUUCUCCCACAAUAUACAAGUAACUCAACAGUCUGACACAGCAUGUGAGGGCAAGCUUUUUACAAACACUGCCACACUGGGAAAGGACCUCAUGGUUCUUCCUGCUGUCUCUCCUGGACACUGUCAGGCAUUGUGCUCUGAUCAUCCAUCCUGCACCUACUUCUCUUUUGACAGUUAUAACCUCCGUUGUAACCUGAAGGACAACAAAAAUGAAAGGGUGACUGUGGCUAAAAAAGGAAAAAUAUCUGGGUUACCAGCACACUUCUGUCAAGUGGUUGUCGACUGGGUUAAGGUGGCUCACAAAGGCGUUGAAUUCCCAGGUUCUGACAUUCGCUUUGAGCUGGUGGACGAUGCAGACAUAUGUCAGAGGAAAUGUAAUGAGGAUCCUACCUGCCAGUUUUACAGCUAUAUUAAGAAAACCUCCCCUCGUCGUGACUACAGGCGUCGCUGCUAUCUCAAGCGGGCCAUCACCAUGUCUGCUCCUCCGAGAAUUACCAAACUGGCCAAUGUCGUAUCGGGCUUCCAACUGAGGACCUGUGUGUAGAGUGCUUCACUCACAUGCAUGUUUCAUACUUGGUCUGUUGGUUUUACUUUCAUUCGAUUGCUAUUAAAGCUGUCGUUGAUACAGUGUGUGUGUGUGUGUGUGUGUGUGUAAACAAGCAAUAAAACAAAACCAUCAGUUUUCUUUCA